AUUUUGGCCCGGUGUCGUUACAAAGCUGUUUCGGCCGAUCGCGAUGCACAUGGAAAUUGCGUCGGCCAAGAUCUCGAGAGAUCGCGAUGGCCGUUGCGCCUCGGCAUUUUGCGAAACAAAAUGGCUCAAGCAGACCUGUCCCAAGGGCGCCGCCCCGCAGAAGUCGUCCACGCGGGCGGAGGGGGCGACGACGGCCUGUUUGACGAGAUCUCGCGCGAGUCGUACGCCGUCACAAUCGCCAAGGCCACCGGCGACGAUGCGUCCAGCGACAAGCAACCCCUCCAGACGCCUCGACUCGGCACCCUCGGCGGCGUCUACUUUCCGUGCUUGCAGUCGAUCCUGGGCGUCACUCUCUUCCUGCGUAUGCCGUGGGUGACGUCUCAAGGCGGCGUCUUCCUCACGUGCAUCUUGUUCGUGCUGUGCCAAUCCGUGGCGUACUUGACCACGCUGUCGAUUUGCGCGCUCGUGACGAACGGUAAAAUCGCUGCCGGCGGGGUGUAUUUCUUGCUGUCGCACACCCUCGGCGUGGAAACGGGGUCGGCGGUGGGGCUACUUGCCUUUGCAGGGUCGACGUGCAGCCUCGCCUUUAGCGUGCUGGGGGCGACCGAGAUUUUCAAAAACAUCGUGGACACGUCCGAGUGGCUCGUCAACGACUCGCGCGUCUUGGCGGUCGCGCUGCUCGUUGUGCUGAGCGCCCUCUCGGCUGUCGGGCUCAAGUACAUCACCAUGGUCGGCACCGCGUGCCUGACGGUGGUGCUGAGUUCGAUCGCGGCGGCCGUCGUGGGACUCCUCGUUCAUGCAACACGGACCCCGCUUCCAAGCGACGUUGUCUGGUUCGACAAUGUCCACACAAACUACUCGAUCGAUCCCAAGACCGGCGUCAUGCCGUCCAUGUCGAUGCUGGUUUCCCUCGUUUACCCUGGCACGACGGGCUACAUGAGCGGCGCCAUGCGGGCCAGCACGUUGGAAAAUCCGGCGCGGUCGAUCCCCCUCGGCACGAUAGCUGCAAUGUUGACAGUGUUGGCCAUCAACUUUGCCGUGGUCUUCUGCUACGGCUCCAUCAUGUCGCACGAGACGCUCCAGUCGGACAAACUGAUCAUGUCGACGCUGGCGCUGCCGCAUAAGCAGCUCGUCAAUGUCGGGAUCUUGUUUAGCGCGAUCGGUGGCGCCCUGCAAAGCCUGGCGAACCAGCCACGGAUGUUGGCAGCCAUGGCAAACGACAACAUCAUUCCAUUCCUCCGGCCAUUUGCGGUCAAGGAAGGCCAAGAACCUCGCCUUGCAAUUGUGCUGUGCAUGUGCCUCACGUGCAUCCCGUGUUUUGCAGGCAACCUGGACUACCUGUCGCCGUUCUUGACCAUGGUGAGCCUGAUGCAGUGCUUGACUCUCAACCUGGCGUGUUUUGCCGCAUCGGCCGCGCACACUCCUGGCUUUCGCCCGCAAUGGCGAUACUUUCACUGGACCACGGCGCUGGUCGGGGCGAUGUGGUGCUUUGGGCUCAUGAUGUUUUUCUCGUGGCUCCGAGCGGUUGGCGCGAUUGCUAUUUGCAUCGCGCUGCGAAUCUACGUCAAGUACUUGGGCGUCGAACAAGACUGGGGCAAUUCGGUGCGCGGCAUGCAGCUGGAGCUGGCAUGCACGUUGCUCAAGAUGCUCCACACGACCACGGAAGAGGAACACACCAAGAAUUGGCGCCCCCAAGUCCUCGUGUUUUGCAAAAUGGACUCGACUGGGCUGCCUCUCUCACCGCAGAUCUUGCAUUUUGCGAGCCAGCUCAAAGAAGGCCAUGGACUGGUCGAAGUCGUGGGGCUCGUUCCACGAAACGACGACAAAUCGUACGACGAGUGCCAAGCGGCAACGGUCGUUCUUCGCCAGCACCUCGCCACGGCGCGCCUCUCGGCGUUUGGGCAUGUCUAUGCUUGUAAAGACCCCCUCGAGACCAUGGCCAUGGUCGCUGAGGCGUCUGGGAUGGGAUGCCUGCGAACCAACACGGUCAUGGUGGGGUGGCCCAACACGUGGGAGUCGGGAGACGCGGCGCCGUAUGUCGAUAUGCUCCAUGACAUGAUCAACUGCAAGAAGUCGGUCAUGGUGCUCAAGAACAUGGAGACAUUGCCGUUCAACGACGCCAAGAAGAAUGGGUACAUGGACGUGUGGUGGGUAUUGCACGACGGCGGGUUGUUGCUGCUGGUUCCAUACUUGCUGCGCCUGCACCGCGUGUGGCGCAAAUGCAAGCUGCGGCUGUUUGCGAUCGUGUCCGCCAAGGAAAACGCGGCAGAGGUGGAAUCGCGGCUGAAGACGUUUUUGGGCCAUGCGCGCAUUCAAGCAGAGAUUCACGUCGUCGAGUUGAGCGACUCGACGAUCUGCAGCAUGGCGCCGAAACGAACUGGGGAAGAGCUCAACUCGAAGAAGAAUGCGAUCGAUCGCAUGAAGGUCGCGACGUUGUCGUUUUCUGUGCGAAAUCCAUCCCAAUACAGCCAACUGACAGAUGAACUCAACGACAUCGGGUCGUUUGUGGAAGACGGCGACGACGACGAAGCGCCAACCGUGUUGAGUCCGCGCAAGAGCAAGCCCCCCCUCCCCAAGGGUUACGUAUCGGUGGACCCUCGCAUGCGCCACGCGCAGCGGUUCAACCGCCAAUUGCAGCUGCAAUCUGCGCAGGCGUCGCUCGUCGUGAUGAACUUGCCCCGACUCAUUGGCAUCCCCCCUCUCGACUGUACGUGGUUCCAGUCCCUUAUUCUCUAUUCUAUUGACGCUCUCUUCCACGUAGUCAUGCAUUAUGUCGAGGCUUUGACCGAGAACCUCUCUUCCGUCGUGCUCAUUCGCGGCAGCGGCCGCGAAGUUGUCACACUAAACGCUUAACUCGUAAUGCACUACUAAGGUUGGA